AUGUCUGCUCAACUUGGCACCAAGGAGAAACAAUCGUGUCGUAAAAAAGCUCCAGCUACCAGAUCCUUCGCAACAGAGACAAAAGAAAGGAAAUGCUUCUAUUGUGAGGACAGUCAUUUAGUACAGACAUGCCCCCAGUUAUCAUCCAAACCCCUUAAGGAGAGACAGGACUUUGUACGAUCAAACGCGCUGUGCUGGGGCUGUCUUCAUAAGGGACACAGAUCAAAGGACUGUAAGUCACGCCUGCAGUGUAAAGUCUGCAGCAAGAACCACCCGACUCUGUUGCAUAUGGAGAGAUCUGAACCGGCAAAGACGACCAGGAAUCUGGAGAAAGCUGACGAGAAAUCUACCAAGACCACCGACAGAAAAGAUGUGGAAACGGCCUUCAACCGGAGGAGUCGGACCAAUGCAGCGGUAGGAUGCAAGAGCUCGAUGAUCGUCCCAGUCUGGUUGUCCCACAAAGAUCAUCCCCACUCAGAGAUUAUGACCUACGCUAUGUUAGAUACACAGUCCGACACAACGUUUAUCCUGGAAAGCCUUCGACAGGAACUUGGUGUUGAUGGGACCAUCACUAAGCUAAAACUGUCCACAAUGAGUGCUCAAAACCAUCUGAUAGAGACUGUUAAGGUGAAAAAUUUGUUAGUUAGAGGAUUAACAUCGGAUUCUGAAGAAUGA